AUGGAUGAUAAUGAUUUGUACUCUCAUACCUACAGACUCGCGGCGCUUAUCUCAGUCGGGGCGUUUCUCGUGGGUUAUAAUACCGGUGUCACGUCCACGAUCGUGGGCGAACCACGGUGGAAUGACCUGAUGAACCCUGCGGGUAACUGGGCGGCUACCGACAGUUUCUCCGCAUAUAAUCUCAGCGCAGUCAUUGGUUCCUUGUGUGCGGGACACCUGGCGGAUCGGUACGGCCGUGAGAUGGUCCUCGUGCUUUCUGGCUUGGUCUGCGCGGUUGGUACCUUGAUACAGGUCUCCUCGUUUACUCUUCCUCAAUGGAUUGUCGGUAACAUCGUCCUCGGCUGGGGAGUAGGUGCCUGUUUUACCGGAAUACCCAUAUACCUCUCGGAAAUCGCGCCGGCCACGCGUCGGUGCCAGAUGAUGGCUAGCGAGCAGCUAGCGUACUACGCCGGAUUCCAGGCGGGAUUUUGUCCCCGUUGGCUGGUCGCUAAGGGACGCAUCAACCAGGCACGUGGAGUGCUGCACCGCUUGCAUGGGGCAGAUCUUGCGAAGCGAGAACUGAAGCAGAUACAGGUGACAUUCCGAGCCGAGAAACAUCUCAACUUGUCCUGGACGGCAUUGUGGAAAAGCCCGAUCUUGAAACUCAUGGCCAUGACGUGCGGAGUCCGAACCUUUCAGCAAAUCACUGGCACGCACUCGAUCAUAUCACUGACUCCGUCUCUUUUCGAGAAAGCGGGUCUUUGUGUCGCUGAUGAUUGCCUCUUUGCAACAAUCGCCAUACCUGCAGUGAUUUAUCACAGCACCUGGAUUGCAGAGAAGUGGUUGGAUCGAUUCGGUCGUAAAACUUGGCUGAAGGUCGGCACGAAUGUUAUGAUGCUGUCGUUGUCCAUGACUUCUGUACUGCAACUCAAGAUGGAACAAGACCCGGACUGGUACGGACGCUACAUGGUGCUUCCAUUUCCGUUUCUAUUCUACAUCUUUCACAAUCUCAGCUGGGCAAUUGCAGGGUCGACAUAUGCUUCUGAGAUCUUUUCAACGUCACUGCGAGCAAGAGGGAUCGCGCUCUCGACCGCGCUUGGCUGGGCGCUCAACUAUUUUGUGACGGUCUGCCCAUCAUUGGGCGAUGCAAUCGGAGGGGGAUUGUAUCUCGUCUAUGCCAUGAUAUGUUUGGUGGCUUUUGUUUUUGUCCGAUUUGCUCUAGUUGAAACAAAGGAUAUGUCGCUGGAGGAGAUAAAUCGGGUUUUACUACCAGACUACUACUCCGCUGCGGAGGGUGCGGGAGGCGAGGAUAUUGACUUGCUCAGUGUGCACGAGCACACUGAGUGA